AUGUUGCGGCGGAAGAAGCACCACACCCACAUUUCUCGGAGCUCGUUUAUGACGCAGAUUGCCUCAAACUCGUUGAGGCCUUCUGAGUCACGAGUCACCUUUGUUCGCAGCUUUCGGGACACCACCGUGUGUUUGCCGAAAGUGUCUGGCUUCCGCAGAGCCCUCUUCAUAAUCCUCAACGAGCCGAACUCUUCAUUGCUGUCGCUGGUGUUGUCUUACCUCAGCUUCGCGAUGAUCAUCGUGACCACGGUGUCGUUGGUGCUAGAGUCGAUGCCAUUGUUCAACUAUACUCCCGACAACUGUGGAGACCCGGAGAUCAGUGUUGAACUUUGCAAGCCGGUCCCCGACAUUGCCUUCGAAUACAUCGAGGUCACAGGCACUAUCUUCUUCACCGCAGAAUAUGCACUGCGCAUCGCUACUGCGCAUGCUGCAACGGAACAGGAGCUGCACCUGUCAGAGGAGGAGGAUCCAGAUGAGAAGUUGCCGGGAUGGAAAAAGACCCUGAGGUAUGCCAUGCAGUCGAUGAACGUCAUCGAUGUGAUGGCCAUUGUCCCCUUCUAUCUUGAGUUCUUCGGAGCAGCAGGUGGGUGGGCAGCUGUUCUUCGCGUGCUGCGGUUAGUCCGAGUUUUUAGAGUCCUGAAGUCGCCGAAAAUGCGUGCAUGUGUGGACAUGAUCCUUUGCAUCGUCGCCGAGGCCCUGCCUGGCAUCGCAUCGGUCUUCUCACUCACCUGUUUGGUUUGCGUGAUGUUCGCAUCCUUCUUGUUCUUCGCAGAAGGAACGACGUACUCCGUCACACAUCGACCUGACCUUUAUCCACUGGGUGUGUAUAUUCGGCCGACUGCGAAUGGCCUUGGCUUCGAACCAACGCCGUUCAAGUCUAUCCUCCACACUUUCUGGUGGUUCUUUGCGACUGCGACAACCGUGGGCUAUGGAGACCACGUUCCCACGACAACAGCUGGGAAGCUUAUCUCCAUUGCUGUUUUCUAUAUAGGCAUUGUAUUGGUGGCCAUCAAACUCACGAUCGUCCAAGGAUCGUUUCGGCGGCAUUACCCGAAGUGGCGCUUGCACACAUAG